GCUCGCGAAGAACCGCUGUGCAAUGGGCUGUCGAUCGCUCUGGCUCUUGCUGACCUUCUCUGGUCUGCUGGUCGCAUCGCUCGAGGCGCUUAGCUUCAAAGACUAUCGCAAGCGUCUCUUCGCCUUCAACCCUGCGGCAUUGACACCACAGUGCAGAAUAGUUUUUCAGAAGUGCGCCCCCAAGCUGUUGAGCAUGGUUCAUGUCCUUGACAACGUAAGCAAGCGCUGGAAAGAAUACGAGUCCAUUCCCUGCAUGAAGAAUGUGUUCGAUCGAGGCUUUCCGGACUACAAGCAGGAUUGCAGCAAGAGCGGACUUUACGGAGAUGCUGUGAGAUGUCAGCUGACCGACGAGGUCAUGGUAUGUACAAGCGUGAUGUCUACACAGAGAGAAGCAAGCUGGCACCUGCAUUGGAAUGCCUGCUUGAGAAUGCAAACGACUGAAGGCUCUUUGCGCGAUGGGCUGCAGACAAUAAGUGAUAAUAAAUGGUAAGCGCGUGGUGGUGUCGGCUCGCUUUCUCGCUCUGAAGAAACGUUUAUACAGACGUUGUAAGAACCUGUUCGCCAUUAAAGUCCAAUACCAUGCACGAAUGUUUUACAUUCAUCAGCCGCAAGUGACAUAUUGCACCAUAAUUUUCCGUAUCUUGUUAAUUGAACUCGCAAUAUCCCGCACGGUAACCAGAGGAAAGACACUGUCUAUUUUUCUUCGUAAAUGUACCGGCACGCGGAAUAAUGGUCUGUUUGUUUGAAGUGGAGUCCUCCGUGUAUCUGCACCAGUCUUC